AUGUCUUUCCUCCCCUCGACGACUUCGGUUCGCAACCUCAACCUUGCCGCCGCGGCAGACGUCUGUGACGUUGAGGACUCGCCGAACCACCGACUAACGAACACUACGAUACGCGGCAUCCCGUUCCCCCGCGAGCUGGACUCGCCAUCAACAUCAUCUGCCGCGUUCAUGGGCGCCCCCGACUAUAGCGCGUUCGCGUCGUCGUCGUCGUCGUCCCGCGACUUCCGCCGCCAUCGCCGCUCGUUCCGUUGCGUCUGCGGCCGACGCGCCGACUCGGACUCUGGCAUGUACUGCUCCCCGGACUGUGCUCGCCAGGAUGCCUUCUCGUCAUUAACGCAUACGCGCAACAACUCGACGACGCAUCCCGACCACUCGUUUGAGAUGGACGACUAUGACACGACUGGAUCCCGCCAUCGACGAGCGGUCCGCGCGGACCCGUACCGCACCGACCUCACGCGCGAGGAGCGGCGGCGAAAGCAGCGAGCCGACGGCAACGACAGCAUCUCGCCAAUGUCUGCGCGCAACCUCAUGCUGUCCCCAAGCGUACCCGAGCUCGUCUCGUCGCAUUCUCGCAACACGUCAACCGCGUCAUCCGUCUUUUCGCUGUCUUCCAUGUCGAGCUCGAUGAGCCUGAGCCGCAAUCCGUCGACUUCGUCGCGUAAUGUCGCCCUGAACAGCGUCAUUCUCGAGGAUGCACGCGAGAACCUGUCGACCGACCGAUCGACCCUCAAGGCGUCAAGACGGACGCACUCGAUCGACAAUGACGCCCCGCCAUCCAAGCGGCUAGCGGUCAACGACAUGCUCGAUGAGAUCAUCAGCAUGGAGAAUGAGUUUGGCGACGAUAUGGACACGGCCGACAUCCACGCGGACUUUGAGAUGCCCUCUACCCCCGAGCACGUCGCGUUCAACCCCGUCAUCCGCCCGCCCCGUACACCCUCGCCCCCGCCAGUUGCGGUCGCGAGGUCACCGCCAGGAGCGCCGGCAGCGCCGGAUCGACGACGGGGCUCGCUCGUCCGUUCGCGUCCCAUGUCCAACCUCGCUGCUCACGCGUCGUCGUUGUCCGAGUCCCACACCGCCCUCUACCUCGCGACUGCGUCGCCGGCCGCGUCUCCGCCGCCAUCGUUAUCCAAGAAGGAUCUGCGCCGAUCUGCCUCGCCCAAGCUGCACAUCCGGCGUAGCAUCAGCUUCACCCCGCAGGCUGCUGGCCCGGCCCUCGCUGCCCCGCCGCGCAGUCGCUACAACGACUCUCCCGGAUUGACUCCGGUGCGCCGCACCAAGACGGACGCUCUCCGCGCCACGAUUGACGCGUGGCGCUUCCCCACGUCGUCGUCCUCUCCAGCUGUGCUCGAGAUUGAGGGGACGACGCCGACGGCCGCGAGUCGCCUCGCCGCCGAGCCUCAGACGCCGAUCCACUUCCGCCCGUCGCUGCUCUGGCCGCAGUCCCACCAGGUGCCCGAGGAGACCGAAGAGGAGGCUACUUCUGUUUCGCCCAGCUCGCCCAGCUUUGGCAUGAAUCUGCCGCGGCACCAGCGCUCGGCGUCGAACAGGAGCAUGUCGCCUCCGCGGUCUUCGAUGCGCCUCGGUGCGCUCCUCGGUCUCAGCGGCAGCGCAUCCGACAUGGACACGGACGAGCCCGACGACGCGAGCACGAUCCGCGGCCGCCCCCUCCGCCUCCAGGCCCCCGCUGCCCCAUGGUGA